AUGGGCUACCCAGAGUUUCCAGAGGAUCAUCUACUGCUUCGCACACUCCAAGGCAUCAAGAAACAAAUUGGUGACCCUACGGCUACACGAUUACGGAUAACCAUUCAAUUAAUGAGAACACUAAAAAAUCAGUUGCGCUGCUGCAUCAAUAUGGAUGUAACAGACAUACUGAUGUUAUGGGCCGCAUUCACCAUGGCCUUCUUCGGGUUUCUUCGAGUGAGCGAAUUUGCCUCUCCGACGAAAACAACCUUUGACCUUGAAUGCACGCUUCUCCGAUCCGAUGUUAAUCUUGGUAGUGCAAUCACCGUCACCAUCAAGGCAGCCAAAAAUGAUCCAUUUCGGCGUGGCCACACACUGACCAUAGCCUCAUCUGGCUCCUCGGUUUGCGCAUGUACCACAUUCACCCAGCAUGCACUAGCAUUCCAGUUUACCAACGGCUCAUAUCUAACACGUCAAACCGUCACCGACUCAAUCAGAACCCUCCUCAUGCAAGCAGGGAUCCCGAGUGCAGAGAAAUACUCAUCACACAGCUUUCGUGCUGGAGCCGCCACAACAGCCGCCGAGGCCAACCUUCCCGACUGGCUCAUCAAGACCCUUGGACGAUGGCGCAGUGACUCAUACCAGCUCUACAUUAAGACUCCAGCCACAACCCUUCAUGCAGUGCCAAGGAUCCUCGCCAACCAAGCCGAACCUCAGAACUAA